GGUAUGAAUCCACAGUGACUCCAAGCCAGGGCUCUCCUCCACUAUCUACGGCAGAAGAAGGGGCUAUGGCUUAGGGAUGCCACAGGUGUAGGUUCUGCAUUGGGAGUUUACGUGCACAUAAUCCUGAGUCUCCUUCAUUUAGUCUUUUAUAACCUAAUAUGAAUGGGUCUCUCGGAUCCUUUUCUAAGUUUUUAAAUAAACGAAGUGCCAGGUGGGAAGUCAAGGGACCACCCCUACCCAAGGAGUAGGAGUGAGGAGAAAAGCCUAAAGAAAGGAAAGAGCCAUUCAUAGAUGGUAUGCAGAGGAAGAACAUUAACAACUCACAAUUCUGUUUGGAGUCAGCACUGCCCCAGACCAGAGUAUGUUCCUCCAGCCCUCAAGAGUCAGGCAUUUGGGAGUGUCCAGGGCUUGACCACAUAAGUCCCCCCUCAGAGAGGGAGACUGCCCUACUCAUGACCCCAGGGAAUGAGUGGCAGGAUCAGAGAGAAAACAAGAAUCCUGCAGAGAAUUCUGGACUCAGCCAGGGUAGGCAGCCAAGUCCCAGGAAAGGGGCAGAGAGGCUGCUACCUGUUGAGUCUGUUUGGCCUAUAAAUAAACCCCCAGGGGUUAGAGCUGGCAAGUGCCUGCUGGUUGGUGAAGCUGCAAGUACCCUUCCCUGACCUCCCCAGGAACUCAGGCUCCCAGGGUGGUGGGUCGUGGGAGGGAGAGAAGCAGCAGCAGCUGCAAGGAGAGUCCCUCUUCCUUCAGCAGUCCCUGGUUUGACUCCAGUGAUCAGAGGAGGCAGGGCACCGAAUUUCCAAUGCUCAGGAUCCAGCUCCUCCAAGUCCAGCCUCAACUCAGCAAACUUACCAGGGGGCUCUAGGAAAAUAAGCAAAUUCGCAGAAGACCCAGGCAGCUAUUCCAGGAACUGGAAGCCAAGCACGACAGGUGCUUGGGAGGUCAUCAUGAUCAGCCCAGACUCCAGGCCCUCCCCUGGCUUGGCCUGGUGGGCCGAGAGCUACGAGGCCAAGUGUGAGCGCCGGCAGGAGACCCGUGAAAGCCGCCUCUGCCGCCCCAACGUGACCACUUGCCGCCAGGUGGGGAAGGCGCUGAGGAUCCAGCAGAGAGAGCAGGUCAAGGGAGCUCGACUGCAGCAGUUCCUCAGGAGGAGGAACCUGGAGCUGGAGAAGGACAAGGCACGGCAACCCCAGGCCAAGGAGCGAGGGCCCUCCAGGAGGUCGGGCCAGGAGACUGCCCUCAAGGAGCGCUUGUCCUGUGCCAGCAGGGUCCCUUCCCCCAGGCAGCAGGUGGCAGGGACCAGCUCUGAGGUUGUUCCAGCCCAGCAUCCUCCUCCCUCAGGCAUCCAGAGGGAUCCUGCUGACCACCUGUCCUUACAGUCCGGGGGCCUUCCACCACAGGACUGUCCCACCAAGAAGCCACCCAGACACCACCGUAGUACUCAGACGAAGGCAGAAGAAGCACAGCCCACAAUUAAGAAUGAUGCCAGUCAACAAACCAAUUAUGGAGUUGCAGUUCUGGAUAAGGAAAUCAUCCAGCUUUCUGAGUACCUCAAAGAGGCCCUACAAAGGGAGCUGGUCCUAAAACAGAAAAUGGUGGUUCUCCAAGACCUACUGUCCACCCUGAUUCAGGCCUCUGACAGCACUUGGAAGGGACAGCUUAAUGAAGACAAAUUGAAAGGCAAACUGAGAUCCUUAGAAAAUCAGCUGUACGCCUGUAGCCAGAAAUACUCCCCUUGGGGAAUAAAAAAAGUGCUAUUGGAGAUGGAAGACCAGAAAAAUAGCUAUGAACAGAAGGCCAAGGAGUCUCUGCAGAAAGUGCUGGAGGAGAAAAUGAAUGCAGAGCAGCAACUGCAAAGCACACAGCGGUCCCUGGCCCUAGCGGAGCAGAAGUGUGAAGAGUGGAGGAGCCAGUACGAGGCUCUGAAGGAGGACUGGAGGACCCUAGGGACACAGCACAGAGAGUUGGAGAGCCAACUCCACGUGCUUCAGUCCAAAUUGCAGGGAGCAGACAGCAGGGACUUACAGAUGAACCAGGCCCUGCGACUUUUGGAGAACGAGCACCAGGAACUACAGGCCAAGAUUGAACGCCUGCAAGGGGACAGAGACCUGUGCAGCUCAGACACCCAGGACCUACAAGAUCAACUGAAGAGGUCAGAGGAGGAAAAACUCGCCCUGGUGACCAGAGUACAACAGUUACAGAGUCUGCUUCAGAAUCAAUCCAUACAGCUUCAAGAACAGGGGAAACUCUUAACAAAGAAAGAUCAGGCUCUGCCUGUGUGGAGUCCCAAGUCCAUCAAUAACGAAGUGGAGCCUGAGGGUACAGGGAAGGAGAAAGACUGGGAUCUCAGAGACCAGCUGCAAAAGAAGACUUUGCAGCUCCAGGCCAAGGAAAAGGAGUGCAGAGAACUGCAUUCAGAGUUAGACAACCUCAGUGACGAGUAUCUCUCCUGCCUGCGUAACCUGCAGCACUGUCGAGAAGAGCUGAACCAGAGCCAGCAACCGCCUCCCACAAGGCGAUGCGGCCGAUGGCUCCCGAUGCUGAUGGUGGUGAUUGCUGUAGCACUGGCAGUGUUCCUGGCCAACAAAGACAACCUGAUGAAUAACUUGUGACAGCUGCCUUGGGUGACAACGAGAUGCAAGCAACUCAAUGAAAAACUCGGGUCUGGGAAGUUUACAGCUUGGGCUUUUCCCCAACUGAAUUGAGAUUUCUGACUUUUUGUAAUUUUGUUAACCAACUGUAAAUAAACUUCACCUGACCAGA